AUGGACUGGCUGACACUGGUAACACCUAAUGAAAUGGAACGAGUCGGUAAGAACGCAAACACUAUAGAAGAACUGGAGGCUGCAGUAAUGAAAUACGUGAGAAAUAAAAUGAAGGUGAAACAUACAUAUGACCCAGUAUGUAGUGAAUGUGGUAGUAAGUCAAUUGUGGUAAUAGAUGGAGCAGAUACAUGCACACGUUGUGGAACUAGUGCUAUUGACAACUUCACAUACUACGUUAGUUACAAUCACAACAAGGACGACUACUUGAAAAAGAAAUCGUCCCAUAAUAGAGUCCGUUGGUUUGAGAGACAUUUAUUCGAGCAUGUUGCUUCUGGGGAUAGGGAUACCAUUCGGGAGCAGUUUAGAAGCAUUGUAAGAUGUAUACAAAGACUUAGACUGCAACGGGGGCGCAACAUAGUUAGAUAUAAUUAA